UCACGCACUGGGACCACAGGCAGUGCUUUCCCACCACGAUGAUUUCCACAAACUCCAGGACCUGGCAGCUAAAUGGCACCUGUGUCGGCUCAGUGGACAUGGAGCUGUUCCUCCAUUACUCCCUCAUCCCUUCUCUUUUCAUCAUUUUGGUCUUGUCCUUUCUCCAAAGACGAGAGCACCGUAAGCAGAGAGAUGAUACUUCUCACCUCCUGGAGAACCGCUUUGGAAUCAUCAUACCUCUGGACUUUGUGGGCACCUUUAGUAACCGAUGGUCAUAUGGAAUCGCCUUUGGGGCCACAGCCAAUAAAGUCAUGUUCUUGUUCUCAGAAGGGUACCAGCCCUUGCAGAUCCCGCAGUGGGCACAAGCCUUUGUGCUUCUGAUCGGAGGCAUGGAAGUCGGCCUGUCUUACUUCCCCUUCUUUGCCUGCCUCUCGUCGGAGUUCCAUCUGGUCAGCUCCAUCCUCGGCUUCAGCUACUCUCUGAUCUGGUUUGCUGUUACCAUCCUUCACAUCAUAGAAUGUCCCCAUGGGCAGUUUCUGGGGAAGUAUGAGACUGUCAUGUUUUACUGGCCAUCGCUGCUGUGCCUGGCCUUCCUGCUGGGCCGCUUCCUGCACAUGUUUGUCAAGUCACUGAGGGUCCACCUGGGCUGGGAGCUGCAGAGGGAAGAAAAGCCUUUUCUGGAAGUCCACCAGGCAGAGCAUGUCAAGCGGCUCCUGAGGAAGGCCCCCCCACAGGAGACUAAAAAGUCCUGGUUCCAGACCAGGAUAUAUGAGUGGGACCCCUGCUUUCAGUUCCCAAGCAGAAUGAUUGGAACCACUGUGUUGGCUUUCAUAUGCCUGUACCUUUUCAUUGUCAUUGAGUUCUGCAUGUUCGUGUAUGUGAGAGACGAGCUGGAUGUGUUCGAAGGGGAGCUGGAGAACUACAUUGCCUCCAUGAACCAGACAGGGACCCUGAUCCCAGCCAUCCUGCAGGUGAAAGAGCUGAUGAACGUCAGCAAAGGAGUCUGGCUGGUGACCAUCUUGCCCUCCUCCCUCACGUGUGUGAGCUAUCUGUUCCACAUACUGGCCUGUUACAGAAAGCACAUGAAGAGGCUGUGGGCAGGAAAUAAGCACUUUCUCCCUUUGAAGUUCCAUCAUCCUUCCUCGUCGGAGAGUGUGGUGGCCAUUGCAAGGUACUCUGGCUGGCAAAUAGCCUAUAUUCUGUGGGGCUACCUCAUCAUCCACGUGGUACAGAGCCUGUGUGGCCUGAUGAUCAUGUACAGCUUGGUGUUGCCCGUCGUCCACAACCAGGGCCUGGAGAUGCUCCAAGGACUGGGCAUCGGGACCCUCACCAUAUCCAUCGUCCUGGGCCUCAUGAUUCUGCAGGUGUGGAUCGCCACCGCCUUCUUCCUGCAGCCAAAGAUGAGCGCCGCUGACAAGCAGAAGCCCUUGGCUCUCAACAGCAGGAAAGCCUUCCAGAACUUCAACUACUUUCUGUUCUUCUACAAUGUGCUGCUGGGCCUGGGCGCCUGCCUCUCCAGGCUGCUCAUCAGUUGCAUCCUGGGCACGUGGCUGAUUGCCCGCAUCGACAGGACCAUCAUGCAGAACGGCUACGAGGGGGCAGACAUGGGGUUUGGCGCCUGGAUUGGCAUGCUCUAUGUGGAUCAUUAUCAUACCAACCCUGUGCUCGUCAGUUUCUGUAACAUCCUGAUCACAGGGCACCGGGAGCGGAGGCUGCAGCAGGCCAUCAAAUACUGGUGCCUAAACCAGUCACCAGGUCCCCGAGUCUCGGCCAGGCCCAGGACACGGUGGCUUCUGCUGCUAACCCUGGUCAACAACCCCAGACUAGCCAUGCUGAGAAAAUCAAGACCAGGUCAUGGCUCUCGGGAGUUUACCCAAAUUCUUUUGAUGGGCUCGGAGAGCUGACAGUGACCUCCAACCUUGCUACAAGGCCAUUCCAGGAUGACUCCCCUGGGAGAAGGCCCCGGCUACCCAGCAGCUGUCCCCUGCAUUGUGAUGGGAUGCACAGUCACUGUCCACUGCACACAGCACUGGACACUCGUGGAUGGCACCUGGGCUGACCCAUGAAGUCUCAGGCCUAAUAAUUCACUCCCUUGGUAAAAAGAUCAAGAACUAAAGAGAAUUUCUGUUGAACAAUCUUUUCACAAUAAUGAUUUCACUGUCCAUGGUUAGGAGGCAGCCUUGGGGAGUUCCAUGUGGACAAACACUUAGUUUGACCCAAGGGCAGAACUUGGUGUCACUGAAGAAUGUGGUAAAAUGGCUACACCAGGAGAGUUUAACUAUUGGACAUAGUUUUUCUCUGGAAGAAAACGUGCCUUAAUCCAACAGGAUCCUCACUGCUUCCCCCCUUUCCAGACCUCCUGGUGGUGGGAGAGACCCCCGCCUCUAACCUGGCAGUGUGAGCAGGCACACAUUGGGCUCUCCCUGCCAUGGCCACUGGGAUGAGGAACAGAUCAGAACUGACCUGGGCCUUGGGCACCAAGAAGAUACACAGAUCUGACAAGGAGAGGAAAGCUGCCUAUCUGUGGAGGCAGAGAUGGAGGUAUGCAGGCAUUCUAGCUGGAGGACAACAGAGCAAAGGUGUGGGAGCGGGAAAGCCCCAGGCAUGUCGGAGGAGGGGAGGCCUCUGGUGUUUGCCGUGCAGGGCAUCGAGGGCGGGUUAGACCACCAGGGAGGCCUGGACUCUAGGCUGGGAGGCCUGAACAUUCCUCAGUGUUCAGAGGGCCCAGUCCUUACCCCGAGUCUUCAUACCCAUGUGUAAGGUCUCUGAUGGCUGAGGACUGUACAAAGUCGCUAAAGUCAUGAAGCUUGUUCAGGUGCCAGGAGGACCUACCAACAGGGUGAGGGAAGUCCCCAUCCAUCUCAUGAGCCCCAGAGCCAUUGAAGUUCAGUAAUCACAUUAAGCACCUACUGUAAAGCUAGUCCUGUUGCUAGAUGUGUCUGCCAGACUCAUCUCUUUUAAUUUAACCUUUACAACUAGACUUUGUCACUCUGCUUUCAGAAACCUAGGAACCUGUGACUAGCGUGUGGGAUCCCCUCAUGACCUCUUCUAGCCGGGUGACACUGGCUAACCCCCUUUGCCUGUCUGUGUGGCUUUUUCCUUACGAAUGAAAAGGGCAAUACCUGGGCACCUGGGUCCGUUGAGCAUCCAACCUGAUUUCAGCUCAGGUCACGGUCCCAGGGUCGUGAGAUGGAGCCCUAAUACUGGGCU